AUGGAGGAAGAUGAUUUGAGUACUGGCUUGGUUGAUGAAACAACAUCUGAAGAAGAGGAUUUCAUAGAUCCUGACUAUGAUAUCUUAGAUGGUGAUGAUGAUAUUGACCAGGACAUGGGUGAACGAAGACAGUGGGACACUGACAUCUACUCUUAUUCAAAUUUCAGCAGGGUAAAAAAAUACCCUGAUGAUGGUGGUGAACCUUAUACUAGUGAUGAAGAAAGUGACUCAGAAAAUUGUAGUUCUGAGGACUUGUUAACAGUGAAAGAACUAGAUGAUGAUGGUGAAAGUAGAUUUCUGGAGUUCAAUAAAGAGAAGGAUCUCUACAGCCCAAAAUUAAGAGUUGGAAUGGUGUUCAGGGACUUUGACCAAUUGAAGAAAGCUUGUAGAAAUUGGGGAAUCAAGCAUAGAUUCCAGGUUUGGUUCCCGCAGAAUGACAAGAAGAGGGUUAUUUGUGCAUGUCAUAACAAGCAAUGCUCCUUCAAGAUAUAUGCAGCUCACGUGAAGAAAAAUGAUCCAUCAGUGCUGAUUAAAAGUGCCAACCUUAAUCACAGCUGUGGGAAAGUCUUCAAUAAUUUCCAUGUAACUUCAAAGUGGCUAGCCAGCAAAUACUUUGACAAAUACAAGGCUGAUCCGAAUUGGAGUUGCAAUGGUUUAAUUAAACAAGUCAAGGAUGACCACAGCCUCACAAUAUCUGCUAUGAAAGCAUGGAGAACCAAAAACUUGGCAAUGAAGUGGGUCAAUGGAGAUGCAUCUGAGCAAUAUACAAAACUGUGUAGGUAUGCAGCUGAACUUAAACAAAGUAAUCCAGGGAGCACAGUGAUUUUGUGGAGAGAUGAACAACACUUCAAAGGAUUUUAUGUCUGUUUGAAGCCAUUAAAGGAUGCCUUUGGGUCAGGUUGCAGGCCAUUUAUAGGACUGGAUGGUUGUUUCCUAAAAGGCCUCUAUGAUCGGCAGUUACUAUCAGCAGUUGGAAUUGACCCGAAUGACUGUAUAUUUCCCAUUGCAUAUGCGGUAGUAUUGGUGGAGAAUACUGAAACAUGGACCUGGUUUAUAGAGCUAUUAAGGGAUGAUUUAGAGAUUUGGAACAGCAGAUAUGUCACCAUAAAGAGUGAUCGGCAAAAGGGCUUGAAAAGGGUUGUUCAAGAGAUAUUCCCAAAUGUUGAACACAGAAACUGUGUGAGGCAUAUCUACACAAAUUUUAGGGAGAAGUUUAAAGGGAAAGCCCAAAAAGAUUACUUAUGGAAUGCUGCAAGGGCUUCCUAUGUUCAAAGGUUUAAUUACUGGCUUGGAGAAAUAGAGAAAGAGAACCCAGAUGCAAGAAGAUGGCUUGAUCACGAGGAUAGACCACAUGCAAGCUGGACCAGGGCAUUGUUUGGAACUUCAUGCAAGUGCAACAUCCUACUAAACAAUAUUUGUGAGUGCUUCAACAGGUAUAUUGUUGAUACAAGGGAUAAGGGAAUUAUCACAAUGCUUGAGAUGAUCAAGCUCAAAUUGAUGAGGAGGAUUAAGAGGAAAAAGGACCAGAUGUUGAAAUAUAAGGGAAUUAUAUGCCCAAAGAUCCAAAAAAGGCUUGACCAAAUGAAGGAAGAGGCUCAGUGCUACACGGCAGAUUUUUCAGGUGGACCCAAGGUUCAAGUCACAGGGAUUGGAGGUUCCUUCAUUGUUGAUAUGAUUGAGCACACUUGCACAUGCAGGAGGUGGGAAUUGACAGGUUUGCCAUGUCCUCAUGCAAUCAGUGCCAUAUAUGGCAAUAAUCAGCAACCAGAGGAGUUUGUACAUACUGCAUACCUGGUGUCCACAUAUCUAAGGGUCUAUGAGCAUUACAUAAAUCCCACCAACAGUGAAGAACUUUGGCCAGAGGUGAAUGAUGGCACAAGAGUGAUCCCACCUUCAAUGGGGAGAAGAAAAAGGGGAAGGAAAGCAACUGCAAGGAGAAAAGAGCCUGAGGAAAUUGAGAAAGCCUUGAAGAAAUCAAAAGUCGAUUCCAACACUUCGGCAAAGGCAAACAAAAAAAUUGGCAAAAAGGGUUUAAGCACGAUAGAAAAUGUAGCAUUUGCCAUGCAACGAGCCACAAUAAAAAGGCUCCAUUAUAAAGGCACACCUUCAAAUCUUUGCGUGAAAAGACAGAAACUAAUUCCUAGGAGAAAGAAUGCUUCACCAGAAAAUGCUUCAAGUGGCAGUGUUGCACCUCCUGAUGUCAUUGGUUCCCAGUAG